AUGGAUAUCGAUACGGGUGCCCGGACGCCCACCGAUACUAUGUCCACGGGACAGCCGUCAACGUCGCCGUCACAGCAUUCGUCUACAACACCUACCGCAUCGGGCGGGACGACGACAACGACGACAACCGCGGGACAAAUGAGCUUUCGAAGGCAAAGAGCCUCUAGAGCUUGCGAGACAUGUCACGCCCGAAAAGUUCGCUGUGAUGCCGCAAGCCUCGGUGUCCCUUGUACCAAUUGCGUCGCUUUCCAGAUAGAGUGUCGCAUCCCACAGCCAAAACGAAAGAAGGCUCAAAGCACCACUGCGCAAUCCAGGGAUUCAGAUAGUGAACGAGGAGAAGAAGACCGGUCGCCGCUUCCGCCCGGCACCAACGCAUUCCCAGCCGGGAACACCCGACCCCCCGCCGUCUACCACACCCACGAGGGUACCCCCUCCACUGCCACCACCGAGGCAGAACAGCAAAAGAAGGAUGAAUUCGACAAUGCCACGCUUGCUAGUUAUAUGGACCUUGUCAUGAAACCCAAGUUUACGAGGGCACCCAUCACCGAAGCCGGCAGGGUGGCAUACCUAGGCGAAUCGUCUAACCUUACGCUGUUAGUCCACGACCGCCAGAAUGACGGCGAUGUCGUGCAUUAUCCGCUGCCGGAAAACAUCAGGGGAUCGAGAGCCCGGUUGACCGAGCUGGACAAUGUGGAAAUCGAGAUUCUCCACCAACGGGGUGCUUUCCUCCUCCCACCACGAGCUCUCUGCGACGAGUUGAUCGACUCUUACUUCAAAUGGAUACACCCAAUCGUCCCCAUCAUCAACAAAACAAAGUUUCUCCGUCGUUACCGGGACUCGAAAAACCCUCCUUCGCUCCUCCUACUACAAGCUAUGCUGCUUGCGGGCUCUCGCGUUUGUACCAACCCACAGUUGAUGGACGCGAACGGCUCUUCCACACCUGCGGCUUUAACAUUUUAUAAAAGAGCAAAGGCUUUAUACGAUGCCAGCUACGAGGAUGAUCGCGUUACUAUCGUUCAGUCCCUUUUGCUGAUGGGCUGGUACUGGGAAGGCCCGGAGGACGUCACAAAGAACGUCUUCUACUGGACUCGGGUCGCAACCAUCGUCGCCCAGGGCUCGGGCAUGCAUCGCAGUGUCGAAGGGUCACAACUCAGCAAGUCGGAUAAGCGGCUAUGGAAGCGGAUAUGGUGGACUCUUUUCACCCGUGACAGAUCAGUGGCCGUCGCCCUGGGCCGGCCGUGUCACAUCAACCUCGACGACUCCGACGUAGAAAUGCUCACCGAGGACGAUUUCAACGAGGACGAGCCCGACCAGCCGAGCGAAUGCCCUCCUGAUCCGAUCCACAUCCACUUCUUCUUGCAAUACGUCAAGCUGUGCGAGAUUAUGGGUCUCGUGCUCUCACAACAGUACUCGGUGGCCGCCAAGGGGCGGAAGAGCAAUCCGAUCGACCUCACGCACAGUGACAUGGCGCUUGCAGACUGGUUGCAAAAUUGCCCCAAGAUCGUGUAUUGGGAGGUGCCAAACCACCAUUUCUGGUCAGCCUUACUCCACUCCAACUACUACACCACCCUUUGCCUCCUCCAUCGCGCCCACAUGCCGCCGAGUGGUUCCCACAGGUUUGGGGAUGACUCGGUGUAUCCCUCCCGGAACAUUGCCUUCCAAGCGGCCGCCAUGAUAACCUCUAUCAUUGAAAAUCUCUCGGCCCGCGGGGAGCUCCGGUAUUGCCCGGCGUUUGUGGUCUACAGUUUGUUCUCAGCCUUGAUCAUGCAUGUUUAUCAGAUGAGGUCACCGGUGCCAUCGAUUCAGCAAGUCACGCAAGACCGGAUACGGACCUGUAUGGUCGCCCUCAAGGAUGUCUCCAAGGUUUGGCUUGUCGGCAAGAUGGUGCACACAUUGUUCCAGUCGAUCCUUGGGAAUAAGGUGCUCGAAGAACGGUUGCAAAAGGCGGCUGGCAAGCGACACCGCAAAGCGCAGCAUAGCGUGUCACAGCUAGAACAGCAUCGGUAUGCGCAGGAGCAGAAACGCAAAUAUGAUGAGAUGGCCAUCGACUUCAGCGUGAGCACGCCCCAGCCGCAAGAAUCGUAUGAACGCUCAAGACCGCAGACUCCAAGCAUGGCGGCCAAGCCCGACCCGGCCCUCGGCGCAAUGCCGCCACCCACAACCACUGCCGCUGUGAACAACACGGCCACAUCUCCGCACGCCCGCAACAAUGGUGACACCUUCAUGGGCGGCACCGCUUCACGGCCCCAUACUCGGCCCGCUACUCCGUUCAACCCGUCCUUCUCCGUUCCGGCGACACCACCCGACCUCUACCUCGUCACAAGAAACUCGCCGAACUUGUCGCAGGCCAUCUGGGAGAAUUUCCAACCCGAUCAACUCUUCCCCGAGAGCGCCAACGCUCCGUUGUAUCAGCAACUUUCGCCACCACAAGCUCAAGCUACGCUAGACCACCAUAUGAUGGCGCAAAUGCAGCAGCAGCAACAGCAACAGCAGCAACAACAACAACAACAGCAGCAGCAGCAGCAGCAGCAGAACAUCCAGCCCCAACAACCAGGCCCCGAUAGCACCAGCGCAUUUGGUCAACCUAUCACCCCGAACAACAACAAUCUCAACAACAAGCGGGGACUGGCCAGCAGCCCGAUGCAACCGAACGGGGGUGGUUUGUUGCAGCCCGGCAUGGGAGGACCCUUUUCAACCGGCCAGCAACAGGGUAACGUGGCGGGGGGCAUGUGGCAUGGGUUUGAUGCGCCGAUAAUGGACGGGCAAAGCCCAAGCGAUAGCUGGAGUACAAGUUCUGUGCACGGGCAACCGCCUGUUCCCGCGACUUUGAAUGUGGAGGACUGGUGCGUCCUUACUUUACCCCCUCAAUCAUUUCCAAGGAACCCCAGCUAA